AUGAGAGCAGAAAACCCAGUUGAAACUAAAUCAAAAGCAACAAGAUUUGCUGAUCAAAACCAAGCACCAAAGUCACAAAACAUUAAAGGAACCAACAACAACAAUGCUUCAAAGAUGAAGUCUUCAUGGGGUUCACAUAUAGUAAAAGGCUUCACAGCAGAUAAAAAGACCAAAACACAAACAAUCACAGUGACGACCAAGAAACUUCCACCAGCAAGCUCAGACAACACAAACCAAAAGAACCCUCUUGUGAAUUCUCAUCCAAGAGUCAAAAGAUCACUCAUUGGUGAUUUAUCUUGCUCAGUUACAGGAAGCCAAAUACACCCACAAGCCUACCAGGGUAAUCACAGGAGACAAUCUUCAGGGUCAAGAGAUUUGUUUGUCGAAUUGGAUCAAUUAAGGAGCUUGCUUCAAGAAUCAAAAGAAAGGGAGUUUAAGUUGCAAGCAGAGUUAUCAGAGCUUAAGAGGAAUGGGAGAGUAGUGGAUCUUGAAAGGGAACUUGAAGCAAGAAAAAGCGAGGUGGAUGAGCUUUGUGAGAGAAUUGGGGUUUUGGAGUCUGAAAAAAGUGGUCUUUGUGAACAGGUGAAUGAGUUGUGUUUGAUUUCAGAGAAGAGAAAUGAAGAGGUGUUGAAAAGAGAAGGGAAUGAGAGUUUAGUGGGGAAUCUUGAAGUGGAAGUUGUGGAAUUGAGGAGAUUGAAUAAGGAGCUGCAGAUGGAUAAGAGGAAUCUUGCUUGCAAGCUCUCUUCCAUUGAAUCUCAAUUGGCUUCUCUUGCCAAGGCUUCUGAGAGUGAUAUUGUUGCAAAAAUUAAAGCUGAGGCAUCUUCUCUGAGGCAUACAAAUGAAGAUUUGUGCAAACAAGUUGAGGGUCUACAGAUGAGCAGACUAAAUGAGGUUGAGGAGCUAGCCUAUCUGAGGUGGGUCAAUUCAUGUUUAAGAGAUGAAUUGCGAAAUUCAUGCUCAACGAUCAAUUCUGAUAAGGCCUCAAGCCCCAAAUCGGCAGAGAGGAGGAAUGAAUCUGCUGGCUCAAUGUCUUGUCAGAGUGGUGAAUGCUUAGAAUAUAAUAGUAAAAGGAGAUUAAAUUUGAUUAAAAAGUUGAAGAAAUGGCCUAUUACUGAUGAAGAUUUGCCCUACUUAGAAUGCCAAGAUAAAAAUUGGGUCCUCUCGGAAGAUGGGAGAAGUCCAAGUAGAAGGCACUCUAUAAGUGGAUCAAAGUUCUGUGUAGAAGAUUUGGUACCAAACAGGAGAAGGCAAUCCGAUGGUUUUAUGUGUAUAAAAGAAAUAGAAAAUGAAGUAGAGCUUGUAAGUUCUGUAAAGUAUGAGUUGGAUAUAAUUCAAAGACCACAAAUCAUUGCAAACUGCCAAGAGACCAACAAAAUUGUAGGUCCAUUAGAUGUUGAGAAAAGGGCUUUGCGUGUUCCGAAUCCUCCUCCAAGACCCUCAUGUUCUGUUUCUGCUGAACCUAAAGAGGAAGGUUCAGCUCAAGUUCCACUCCCACCACCGCCUCCACCACCUCCUCCACCACCACCACCGCAACCUCCAAAGUUCUCAGUGAAGAGCACCACUGCAGGGGGUGCAGCGAGCACCUCAAGUCGUAGAAGAGACUCCAGAAAGGAGUCUUCAAAUGGAGGAAUCUGUGAUGCCUCAGAAGUUGCGAAUGUUCGGAGCAACAUGAUUGGCGAAAUCGAAAACCGAUCAUCACACUUGCUUGCGAUUAAGGCAGAUGUUGAAACUCAAGGAGAAUUUGUCAAUUCUCUGAUUAGAGAGGUCAGCAAUGCUGUUUACCAGGACAUUGAAGAUGUUGUGGCAUUUGUGAAGUGGCUUGAUGAUGAACUUGGAUUUCUUGUGGAUGAAAGGGCAGUCCUGAAGCACUUUGACUGGCCAGAAAAGAAAGCUGACACAUUGAGAGAAGCAGCAUUUGGGUACAGUGAUCUGAAGAAGUUGGAGUCUGAAGUUUCUUAUUACAAAGAAGAUCCCCGAGUUCCGUGUGACCUUGCUCUGAAGAAAAUGGUUGCUUUGUCUGAGAAGAUGGAACGUACUGUUUAUAGCCUUUUACGAACUAGAGAGUCCUUGAUGCGUAAUUGCAAAGAAUUCCAAAUUCCCUCUGAUUGGAUGCUUGACAAUGGGAUUAUUAGCAAGAUAAAGUUUGGCUCAGUUAAGUUGGCAAAGAAGUACAUGAAGAGGGUAGCUACGGAAAUCCAGUCGAGGGCAGCAGCACUAGAGAAAGACCCUGCUCUGGACUAUAUGCUCCUUCAAGGGGUUAGAUUUGCCUUCAGAAUCCAUCAGUUUGCUGGAGGAUUUGAUGCAGAAACAAUGCAUGCGUUUGAGGAACUUCGCAACCUUGCUCACCUUCUUAACAAAAAGUAA